UACAAUUAAACGAAUGACUCACAAACCUUUUCAAUUGCACUUCAAAAGUCUUCAUACGAAAUACAAACGAUUUCAUAUGGUAGAUUCUUUUCCGGACAUUCAUUUUCGGUCAAAUACAUACGAAUGGCUACACUUCACGUGCAAAAAUAUAGUUGCUUGAUGUCAUUGAUGUCAUUAAGAGGUAGAAAAGCAGUGGAAUACUUCAUGCACUUCCAAGGUUGGAAUCUGUCUUGGGACAAACGCAAAAAGAGAAGCCAUAAGAUGUCAAAGCGCUUAAUCGAAACGAAACAGAGCAUCAAGAACCUUGUCGUAGAGCGAGAAGCGGUGGCAAUCGAGCUGCAUCAUCUACGACCGGAAUUUCCGAAGAUGGCAGUUCAGGCCAACACGCUGAUUAUUAUACGGAAAUCGAGGACUGCGAAAGUAAGAAAAGUUUAUAAGAAUUACAUUUGUAAUUUAUAGGACGUAAACAUAGAAGAUGAUACAGAGAGUAGUUCUGAUUACAUGAGUGAAACAAGUGACGAUGAACACAGUGGGUGGUGAUAGCCAAUCUGGAGCCAGUAUGAAACCAGGCGAUGAUCUUGCUACAGAUAGCACAUUAAAACGGAUUCUAGAGCAGAAUUAUGACCUAAUGAGUAAUAAGAACAAGCUUAUACUUUCGGCGCAACCUACUGUGAUAAAUAUUCCAGAAUCUCUGGCACAGCAUUUCACUACGACGCAGUUUACGAAUAUCCCAGAGAAACCUUAACUUUCAUAUCGCAGUUUACGAAUAUCUCAGAGAAACUCUCUGAUUGUGUCGAU